GCCUCCCGCGGGGCUGAACCCUCCGCGCUGCCGCCGCCGCCGAGUGCUGGAUGCGGGCCGGAAACUGCGCGGGGCGGGCCGCAGCCGCGUGAAGGUGACGCUGUGAGUGUAAGAGGGACCUGGAGCUUGAGGGUGACGCCAGGAGUUCGGGAGACCCUGAGUGUACGACUGAGUGUGUGAGAAAGACUGUGUGUGUGUGUGUGUGUGUGUGUGUGAGAGAGAGAGAGAGAGAGAGAGAGACCCCCAGGGUCGUGUUGGCUUUGUGAGUGUGCGAGACCCUGAGAGAAGGUCUUUGAAGUGAGAAAAACCACGGGUGUGAGAGAGCCUUCGUGGGUGUGUGAGGGAGAGAUCGUGAGGGUGAGAGACUAGGAAUAAGUUGUUCCCAGAGAGAGAGAGAGAGACACCGAUUGUGAGAAACAACCUGUGCUGUGUGACACGUUGAGCGAGUAAAGGUCUGAGGGCGCAGGGACCGAAGUGUGCGAAGGCGGGAACCACGCUUCUGGGGUUGUUUCAACCCUUGCCUGGGGGUCAGGGCUUGGAGCGCUGUGAUAUUGGAGCUUGGGAACAGGAUGCUCCCGUUAUUAAUGGUUCCUCUGAGCGUCUCUAUAUCCUGUCAUCUCAUUUGACCAGCUCGUGUCAUAACUGUCAGGAGAUAUUUGUGAAACAUUUUGAAAAUUCUCCACUGAGCGCUAAGCCAACAGCCUGGUCAUCAUGUUGUGUAAUGGUCAGUAUAAAUAGGAGUCAACAUCUAGUUUAACAGAUGUCUUGGAGAACCUCUCAUGGACACUGGUCUAUGUACGUGGUGACACUGAAGGACCCCAAGGCCCCAGGCCCAACAUUAGGAAAUCUAACCCCUGUGCCCUGAAGCUGCAAGAUGUUCUCUUACACAACCCCCAUGUCAAAACCCCACCAGCUGCACGUAGCAUUUCAAGUCUUGCACAAUGCCACCACAAGAUGUUCCAUAUAGAUAACCCCGGAAGGGCCAAACUUGAGCAAACAGGGUAAAAACAGGAACUAAACAGGGUAAAAACAGGAACUAAAAGGACAGGAUGCAAUUUUAUGGUUUUUCCGAGAACUAAAGUGGGAAAACAAGUUUACCCCCCAGGUGACCUAAAGGCUGAAUUCAGAGGAACCAAUAGAAUAACUGUUACUGUGCUAAGCUAAAAACUAACCCCCUGCUCUCUAUAAAAGAUCUGUGCCCUAGAGCCCGGUGUGCCAGUUCACCGAAGCUCCGGCUGAGGUUUCGCUGAGCACCCGCUGGCGCCUGUGUAGCAAUAAAUCGCCUCUUGCUUUUGCAGCCAGUGUCUCGUGUGCUUUUCCUUGAGCAGGGAGUCGGAGGGUCUUUCAUUUUGGAGGUCCCACCGAGAUCCCCCCCUCCCCCUCCACACCCCGGUCCGAGUCCCUGCCCGAGGAACGCCCGGCAACCACUGGGAGGUAAGCUGGCCAGCUCGUGUCAUUUUGUGUUUCUUUUGUUCUCUGUUUGCAGUCUCCGAUCGUUGUCUGUCUGUGCGCAGCGUCCGUACGAUUACGCGUAGUCGCUCUGUAUUCUGGGCAGCUUGAGAAGGAGUUGACGAACUCAGACUUCUCCCCUGCCACCUUGGGAGACGUCCCAGGGAUUCGGAGGGCCCAAUUUUGGGGGCCUUAAAUGUUUUCGAAGAGUACACUGUUCUUGUGGGUGACGGAGUUCCUCCUCCCCCUAAUCUGAUACUUUCGGUUUGUGCCGAAGCCGCGCAGCGUUCUUUGUGUUUUGUGUCCUGUCUGAUUUGUAUCUGUCUCCUUGCCUCUGCAUUUUCUCGUUCCACCUGAGACUAACAUGGGACAAUCUAUAACAACUCCCUUGAGUCUUGCCCUUGACCAUUGGCAGGACGUCCGAAAUCGGGCAGAGAACCAGUCAAUAAAAAUAAGAAGAAAAAAUGGGUAACACUCUGUACCACGGAGUGGCCAAUAUUGGCCCACCCUCGGAGUUGAAUGGCCCCCAGGAGAGUCCCUCCAUCUCUCUCUCUAAUCUGCAAAGUCAGAGAUUGUCUUUCAGCCGGGGCCACAUGGCCAUCCAGAUCAUGGCUUUUAACCUUUCAGGACCUCUGCGAAUCUCCUCCUGCAUGGGUGGGGUCCGCGCAGUCCUCCGGGAGGAUUCCACCCGGCGGUAUCCCGUCCCUGUUCCUCCCCUGUUCCUCCCGGCCCCUCCACCCCAGGAAGCGAACGAGUCUUCCUGGAGUCGGGCUGCUUGGAAAUGCAGCCCAAGGCGGAUGAUAAAUUCCAUCUAAGGCUGAAUACUGAGACUAGGGAAGCAAUGUUUUCUUCCCCCCCCAUAACCGGCUUGAGUGCAAAUAGAGAUGCCUGCUGGGGAUUUAACAACUUUGACAUCUCGCUUUGACUUUUCUCAAAGCCCUGUCCUCAUUAUUAAAUUAGUGUUAAUUGGCUUUAGAGAUGGGAACCAAAUUUUCAGUCACAAAUUUUGACACUCUCAAGGGGACUUUUAAGGAGUCCCCACUCUGCUUUCUUGGGGAAGCCUAGCACUCGAAACAACUGCAAGCAGAGGAUGGACUUUUUGGGAGCUGGCUACUAACAAGUUAGAAAAAAAAAAAAUGCCUAAUGCCUAAGGUCAAACCAAACUAGAGGAACUGAUCCUGUGGGUGAAAGAUAAGAUUAAGGGACUCCCAGCAGCUGCCAGAGCCAUUUAGCUCUGGGGAGUUCCCUGGGUCCUUAUCUACAUCUUAAGGAUUACGCCACCUCUGUUUACUUAAAAAGAAGGGACACUGAAUGCAGUAAAGCCAGUCACACUGAGACCCUUGAUUUUACACCUAUAGUUGCCCCUACGUGAAAACAUCUGGUCCACUCAUGGGAAAGUCUAUGGUGCCACUGAUGGGAGUCAUAAUUAAAUGAAAGUUCAAAACCUGGAGAGAUAUUUUCUUAUCUGGUUGUCUGAUUGUUUCUUAGGGAUAAUCUAGGUUAAAUGUGUGUCUAAAAAAAAAAUAAUAAUUUUUUAUUGUAACAAUCUGGUAUCUGAAUGGGUUUCUAAAGCAUUGCACUAUCUUGCAGUUAAAAGUUGGGUUUAAGCAAUUGUUUAGUUUGAUUUCAGAUAGUUCAUGCUAGAAAACUUAAAUACUUGGGAUAAAAAAAAUUUAAGAGUUUCAAUUUUGAACUGGGUAGCCUGAAAAAAAAAUUAAAACGUUGACGAGAUAAAAGUGUCUUUUUACCUGAACUCAAACUAGACCAAACCAAAAAGUAAAUUGUAUGAUAUUUACUAACUACUGGCCAGUCAUCUUUUUUUUUUUUUUUUUUAGGACUCUUGUUUUUUCUUAGAUUCUGUAUUUUUUUGAGCUCGUGAUUCUGAUCCUGCAGACCUAGGUUAAUGUUUUUCUGAUCAGUGAAGUUUUUUUAAAAAAAAAAAAAAUUGCAAUAGAGAUUUCAUCUGCGAAAAGCUACGAGGCCUUUAUUAUUGUUAUGUGUGCACACUCUUGUUAUGUGUUGUAUGUCUGUAUGUGUGUAUGUCCAUAUAUCCUGCAGUGAUAUAACAAUUGACAGAUGAGGAGCGCUCAUAAAAAAAAAAAAUUAAAAAUAGAUCCAAAUAUCUUUAAUUCACGUGAUUCAAACGGUUCAAUUUAGAUUGGGUAAACAGAUAAAAGUAAAGAUGUCCUCAAAAUUAAGCUUAUAAGUUUCUCUAGGUGUUCAAAAAGGCCCUAAUAAAAUGUUAACUCUGCUUAAAUUUAAAAGUUUACAAGUAUUGUUUCAAAAUGUGAACAAAAGGAGGUUUAUGUAAUUAUGGUGUUAUUAAUGUGUUCAUAUCUUCCAGGUAUACAAGUCUAUAAGGUAGAAGCUUCAAAAGAACAUUAUAUCAAGCUGGUGUUCUAAAGUUGUAUGGUAAUUUUAGGCUUAAAAAAAAAAAAUGUUGGAGAUUCAAUUAUAUCAUUUGUGUUCUAUAACUGAACUUGUUAUCAAUAAGAUAUGUACGGUUCCAUGUUACUUUCUACUCUAAGAUACAAUUUAUGUAUUUUUAAGUUAAUAAGAGCCUAAUCUGUGUGAAGGUUUUAUUGCAAAACACAAAAGUACAUUACUACUUUUCUACAAGAGGUUAAAAGCUUUCAGCCUUUAAUUCAUGUUUUAGGUGUGAUAUUAUGUUGUGUUAGCUAAUGUUCAUGUAAACUUGAACAACAAUUUUUUUUUUUUUAAAGACACAUUCUUUUUUUUUUUUUUUUUUUUAAGAACACCUUUAUUUUCUUUUUCUUUUUUUUUUAAAGAGAGAGAGAGAGAGAAUUUUUUAAUAUUUAUUUUUUAGUUCUUGGCGGACACAACAUCUUUGUUUGUAUGUGGUGCUGAGGAUCGAACCCGGGCCGCACGCGUGCCAGGCGAGCGCGCUACCACUUGAGCCACAUCCCCAGCCCCAUUGAACAACAAUUUAUGUAAACUUUGUAAAAUGAUCAGCUUCAGAACUAUAGUACUUGAGAUUUAUAAAGAGCCCUGCCUUACUUGAGAUAAGGCUCUGUCCCAUCUCACUACAUGUGAAAGUGGCUAUGAAAAAAGUAAGCCAGAUUUCAGUACAGUUAAAGUUGUGUCCAAAAGUAGGUUUUUGCCAAGAUUGCUAGGAUCUCAAACAGGAAAUUAUGAUGUAUAACCCUGCCAGAAUUCAAGGUAGCUAUUAUAUAAGCUAAAUAUGUUUUUACCCUAGUUAGUUUUGUUUUGUAGUUUGCUUAUAGAUGGUUUAAGGAUUGCCUAUUAAUAUUCUAAAGAGGUAUUGCUUUAAGAACACAACCUGGGUCAACAUAAGAUAAAGAGUUAUCACCUACAGGAUAGAGAGAUAGACAUUAAAGCCCAGUGCUCUUAAUAUAAGGCUGUUAACUUAUUUGCUGGAUGUUUAAGAUCAAGUUUUUAAAAUUAGUUAAAUUAAAAGGGCCAAGAAAACCAAUAUUUGGCUCUUGCCCUCUGAGUCAGUCUGAAUCAGGGAAUAGGGGACUUCUCCAAAGGGCUCAGCAACUCUAGGCCACAUAACCUCCUGAGCAGGGAGAUUAAUGAGACCAGUGGAGGACAGAAAGCCAAAUGGUGCAUUUGCUGUAAAGAGGAGGGUCAUUAAAAAAGGGAGACAUCCCUGAUGCUUCUGAGGGAAGCCAUAUGGUCAAGCAAGGCCUGGACCCAUCCUAGCGCAAAUGGCACUAGCAGAACUGAAAAGCUGCUAUGAAGUUCCCGAGGACUCCCAGGAUAACUCAGCUGACUGUAAACAAUAGGUAGAAACAAAAGUCAGUUUGACUUGCUUCAUCUUAAACACUUAGCAAAGACAGUCAAAGCCAAAGCACAGCUGUUCCUGGACAUCUUAAAUGAUAAUAAUAGUUAAAUGUAACUUCCAUAAAUAAGUAGACUGGAGGCUACAAAAGAGAUUCUUAGACAGAAAUGCCUGAUAACUGUCAAAGGGACUGCCAGAGUAGUUUUAGUCUAAGGCCUUUAUUUCUAGCCAACGCAGGUAGGCUUGAUGUUUGCUAAUAUGGUUAUCCAGCCCUAAGUAGCAGAAUUAAAGAUUUCUCUAUUAGACACAGAGGUCAUACUAGUAAAAGGAUUUUGCAGGAUCAGAUGGCAUUAAAUUAUUAAACUAUAUCUUAAAGGAAAAGACAUCUGUAACCCUACAUGUUAGUUGUUGUGUUGACAUCCCUGACAUUUCUGACAAUGUGACAAAUAUCCUUAAAGAUUUACCUGCUCAGAUGGAAGCCAUGUCCUCAGCAACUUUUUUGUGGAAACAAUAUCCUAGCUCCUAGUUCCUGGUACUGCCUGAUGAAAAACAUUGUUAAUCUUUGUCUUGGCCAUUAUACUCAUUGGCAUAUUCCUGUGCUGUGGCAUUUAUUACUGCAUCAAUAUGGUUCCAGUACUAAUAAGUUCUUGUUUCUCUUAUAGACCACCCAUCACUCAAAUGGCCCUCCAGCCUAUUACUUCUCAAUUAGACUUUCAUCAUGGACCACUCGAUAGACCCGAUAUUUUUAAGGGGGACUCCAAACUGCUUGCCCCACGCCGUCCCUUUUCAGCCUGAAGAAGCCAGAAAGAUUCUCUUCGUCCCCCUUCCUCACAGCAGUAAGGAAUUCCCAAAUUAAAAAAAAAAAAAUGAAUGAAGCCAGAUUUAAAGUUAGGUAGUCAGUGUAGUUAGAUAAAUCGGGGGUCUAAUAUCAAGUGACCAAGUCUAUCACUGCCUUAGAGAAAUCUCUCUCUUCCCUCGCAGAAGUCGUGCUACAAAAUAGGAGAGAAUUAGAUCUGUGAUUCCUUAGGGAAGGUGGUCUCUGUGUGGUUUUAAAGGAACAAUGUUGUUUUUAUGCUGACCAUACGGGGGUGGUCCAGGAAACUAUGGAGAAAGUCACUGAAAGGUUGGCAAAAAGGCAAAAAGAAUUUGAAGCACAACAAGGAUGGUUUGAACAUUGGUUUAACAAAUCCCCAUGGUUAACUACUUUGCUAUCCACCAUAGCGGGACCUUUAAUUAUUUUGCUGAUAAUCCUGACGUUUGGACCCUGCAUACUCAAUAGAUUGGUGCAGUUUAUGAAAGAAAGACUUUCUGUAAUCCAGGCUAUGGUUCUAACUCAACAAUACCAGUUGCUUAAACAACAGACAGGGUCACAAACAAGCUUAAUCCAAGAACCUGAGCAAGCAGGACAAUGGAUAUAAGAUUAUAUCCAUGAUAUAGAAAAGGGGGGGGAUGAAGGACCCCAAGGCCCCAGGCCCAACAUUAGGAAAUCUAACCCCUGUGCCCUGAAGCUGCAAGAUGUUCUCUUACACAACCCCCAUGUCAAAACCCCACCAGCUGCACGUAGCAUUUCAAGUCUUGCACAAUGCCACCACAAGAUGUUCCAUAUAGAUAACCCUGGAAGGGCCAAACUUGAGCAAACAGGGUAAAAACAGGAACUAAACAGGGUAAAAACAGGAACUAAAAGGACAGGAUGCAAUUUUAUGGUUUUUCCGAGAACUAAAGUGGGAAAACAAGUUUACCCCCCAGGUGACCUAAAGGCUGAAUUCAGAGGAACCAAUAGAAUAACUGUUACUGUGCUAAGCUAAAAACUAACCCCCUGCUCUCUAUAAAAGAUCUGUGCCCUAGAGCCCGGUGUGCCAGUUCACCGAAGCUCCGGCUGAGGUUUCGCUGAGCACCCACAGGCGCCUGUGUAGCAAUAAAUCGCCUCUUGCUUUUGCAGCCAGUGUCUCGUGUGCUUUUCCUUGAGCAGGGAGUCGGAGGGUCUUUCAACACAAAUUAAAAAGAACUCAGUCUCUGCCCUUGAUGGAGAAAAAAAUGGCCCUCUUGGCUAGCUAAUGUAGCAGCAAGGUAGCAGAAUAUGCUAAGCCAUCUGGUGCCUUAUUCCCCGAUUUAAGAUCUAGGAGGAGCAGGCUGACUGCUUCCUGGGGUCAUUUUGCCUCUUUUUACCUGGUGGAGCUCUUCAGGAAACUGCCCACGCUGCCUACAUUUUUCAGGUCCCAUUGUGGUUGUACACUGAUGGCUUUUGCUUCCUGACUUUGGUCUCAGGGUUGUUAUUUGUGUUGUUAUAUUUGAUUUUCUUUUCCUGGCAAAUAUGUGGAAAACCGCAAGCCUGAUUUUUUUUUUCCUUAUCUUGUUCAUUUCUACCUCCUCCCUUUAUCUGGCUGUGAGCAUAUUUUUAUUGAACACCAAAAGUGUAUACGAUAUGUGAUUCAUCUUCCCUGUAUUUAAAUUUUUUUUUUUUGCCAUGUUGAGGAUCAAAUGGAACUUCUUGAGAGAGGAAAUUUCCUGACCUCUGUGUUUCCUGCUGCAGUCUCUAGGAUAUGGAGAUGUUUCUACAAAAGUUAUGCAAACAGUGUUCAUGGGACCUGGGACUCUGGAGCAGCAGCUGCCUAGACAUGCAUGAUUUCAGAUAACCAGGCUCCUUUUUUGAAGUUUGGGCCGAUUGCUUCAGUUACAUCCCUGCUGUGGGUAUGAUGGAACUCAGAAAAGGAGGGCUGCCUCUAACUGGCAUGUAAAAUCUAUUUUUUUUUUUUGGAGGGGGGUUUGGACACAGGGGUAUUUAACCAUUGAACCACAUCCACAGCCCUUUUUCUUUUUAAGCUGUCAAUAGACCUUUAUUUUAUUUAUUGAUACUUGGUGCUGAGAAUUGAACCCAGUGCUUCACACAUGCUAGGCAAGCGCUCUCCCACAAACCCAGCCCAUCUGAAGCCCUUUUUUUUUUUUUCCGUUUUUUGAGACAAGAUCUCACUAAGUUGCUUAGGGCCUUGCUAACUUGCUGAGGCUGCUUUGAACUUGCAAUCCUUCUGCCUCAGCCUCCUAAACUAUUAGGAUUAUAGGCAUGUGCCACCAUGCCUGGCUUGGUAUGUAAAAUCUAGAUUUUACAAAGGGAAGUAUCCUCCUGUUUACUAGGUUCAUUUAAAAUUUUUUUUGUUGUUGUUAGUUAUAGAUGGGUAGCAUGCAUUUAUUUUAUUUGUUUAUUUUUUGUGGUGCUAAGGCUUGAACUCAGUGCCUCAUACAUGCUAGGCAAGUGCUCUGCCACUGAGCUACAGCCCCAGCCCCUAGGUUCAUUUUUUGAUAAAUUGCCUCAUAUUCUUUGUUGCAGAGAUAGACUGGCCACAACAGAUAAAUGGAAUUUGCACUUGCUGUAGAGACUUCAUUUUCUUCUCAGUAGUUUACCUGAUGAAUCAGUUUAUAAAAGUGUGAUUUUUGUGACAGGCUAGUGUAAACACAGUUGUGCGGGAACCAUUUGCCAUGGAAGCCAGAGAGAUUGUGAACCCUGUACCCAGCUACCAUCUCAUCCCUGAGGCCAGCCAGCCCAGGGUGGAAGAAGAUGUCAGCUUGCCACCUCAAGUUCCCUCAGAAGCCAUGCAGCUGAAGAAGGAGAUCUCUCUGCUGAAUGGGGUCAGCCUGGUGGUGGGCAACAUGAUUGGCUCAGGGAUCUUCGUCUCACCCAAGGGGGUGCUGGUAUACACUGCCUCCUAUGGAUUGUCACUGGUCGUGUGGGCCAUUGGUGGGCUCUUCUCUGUUGUGGGCGCCCUUUGCUAUGCAGAACUGGGGACCACCAUCACCAAGUCAGGGGCCAGCUAUGCUUAUAUUCUAGAGGCCUUUGGGGGCUUUAUUGCCUUCAUUCGCCUAUGGGCCUCACUGCUAAUCAUUGAGCCCACCAGUCAGGCCAUCAUCGCCAUCACCUUCGCCAGCUACAUCAUCCAGCCCUCCUUCCCCACCUGUGAUCCCCCGUACCUGGCCUGCCGUCUUCUUGCUGCUGCUUGCAUAUGUCUGCUGACAUUUGUGAACUGUGCCUAUGUCAAGUGGGGCACACGAGUACAGGACACGUUGACUUACGCCAAGGUCCUAGCCCUCAUUGCCAUCAUUGUCAUGGGCAUUGUUAAACUGUGCCAGGGACACUCUGAGCACUUUCAGGAUGCCUUUGAGGGUUCCUCCUGGGACAUGGGAAACCUCUCUCUUGCCCUCUACUCUGCCCUCUUCUCUUACUCAGGUUGGGACACCCUUAAUUUUGUAACAGAAGAAAUCAAAAACCCAGAAAGAAAUUUGCCCUUGGCCAUUGGGAUUUCUAUGCCAAUUGUGACGUUUAUCUACAUCCUGACCAACGUGGCCUAUUACACAAUGCUGAACAUUUCGGAUGUCCUUAACAGUGAUGCAGUGGCUGUGGUGAGUCUCUUGGAAACCUCAUUUUCUUCUCAUCUUAUGAUCCUCAGCCCCCGUAAAUGGCCUAGUCUCUCCUCUGCAACUACUCCAGCUCUGAAAGAUGACGGACGGGAUGGGUCUAGGCCAGAUGGUGGGCUGUUCAGCAGUGACUACUUUUGUCCUGAGAUUGUCAAUGCACAGGAUUUGAAACCCUGUCCUGUGUUGAGUGCCCCUUCUGUGCUCUGCCACCAGACAUUUGCUGACCAGACAUUUGGCAUGUUCAGCUGGACCAUCCCUAUUGCUGUUGCCCUGUCCUGCUUUGGGGGCCUCAAUGCAUCUAUCUUUGCUUCAUCAAGGUUGUUCUUCGUGGGCUCACGUGAGGGCCACCUCCCAGAUCUUCUGUCUAUGAUUCACAUUGAGCGUUUUACACCCAUCCCAGCUUUGUUGUUCAAUUGUACAAUGACACUCAUCUACCUCACCGUGGAGGAUGUUUUCCUGCUCAUCAACUACUUCAGCUUCAGCUACUGGUUCUUUGUGGGCCUGUCUGUUGUUGGACAGCUCUACCUUCGCUGGAAGGAGCCCGAUCGGCCCCGGCCACUCAAGCUGAGCCUAUUUUUUCCCAUCGUGUUCUGCAUAUGCUCCUUGUUUCUGGUGAUUGUGCCUCUCUUCAGUGACACCAUCAAUUCUCUCAUUGGCAUUGGGAUUGCCCUCUCCGGGGUCCCUGUCUACUUCGUGGGUGUUUACCUUCCAGAAUCCCGGAGGCCUCUCUUUCUUCGGAAUGUCCUGGCUACCAUCACCAGAAUCACCCAGCAACUUUGCUUUUGUGUCCUGACUGAGCUAGAUGUAACUGAAGAGAAAAAGAUUGAGAGGAAAACUGACUAGAGGCCAGAGGUGACAUUCCCUGAGGCCUGGAAAGCUGGCCACCUGUGGCCAUAACCACCAAAGUCCAGAUAACAAGACUAUGUGGGCCUAGCCCUCCUGAAUUAAAGGAGCCUAUUGAGCCACAUUCUGUAAGGGGACUCAGGGCCAGUGCUCACUCAUUGGUAAGCUAUGGGAGGAGACUCAGGGUUGGGGAUACCUGAAGGUGGGGACCUCAGGGUAGAGGGGGGUUGGGGAACAGGGGAAUGGUUGUUUAGUUUUGCAGUGUGAGUAGGUGCACCUCUGACAUACUGGGUAAGUUGCUACAGAGGAGAGGAAGUGCUAGAUUGAUGGCUCUGAUUGUGGUUCACAGCAUGUGAAGUUUGAACCAAAAGUCUCUAAAGUGAGGAUACUUUAUGGGAGCUUUCCUCUGACCAGGUGCAACCUCCUGAUGUUAGAGGCUCAAAAUGCUACCAUUUCUUCCUCUGGCUCAGAAUUCUUCCCUGGGAAGAGGGUUAUAUUCCUUGUUUGUUUUUGGGGAGGCGCAAACAGCAAGGUUUAUUUAACUGAUGUGGGAACAGUGUCUCCCCUUUCCUGAAUUCCACAAGAGAAAUACUAUUCUGUGUAAUGGAACUUCACACUCAAACAAUAAGCUUGACAGGAGGAAGGCUGUUCAUGGUCUCAAUGGUGGCCACUGAAGUUCCAUAUUGUCAAGGUUGACUUCUCAUUUGUGUCCAUGUGCUUAGGGAGCCACAGGAUUUUGCUGUAUACAGAUUAGCCUUCUUUUGGAGGAGGUCCUGCCUGACUGAAUUUUCCUGGAACACAUUUGCACUUAUGGUCAAAAUCCUUAAGAAAAGAGGCAAGCUUCUGGCUCUGUAAUGAGUUGAUUUUGGCCACCUGCCUACCUGUACCUUCCUAGCUGGAACUAUGAUGCUUUGGCAGAGGCUGCAGUCCCAAAAUAAGGGCUGGGGAAGACCUCCCUGUUCCAGCUAAGGGGGAGCAGCUCUGUGGCUAACUGGACACUGCCACUGCUACCACCAAAUUCAAAUUCCAGUAUUCCUUUACUUAUUGAUAUUUAACCUGGAACACCAAUUCUAGCAAAAGAAUGUUCAUUAAUGUAUAGGAAAUAAUAGUUUGUGUGUGUUUAAAAAUUCAAAAUACCCCAAACCGAGUCUCUCUGCCCUGAGAGAUGUCUCAAAGUGGUGGUAAAUCAGAUUCUGAUAAUAGAUUUUGUGUUCACUUUCACACAAUCUUCAGUUGAGUCUUACCUGCAAAAGUGAACUUUAAGGAUUUUUAAAAUCAUGGACAUAUACUUUAGUUUAUAGAUAGGUCUUGUGUUACUAGCAACUGGCUCAGGUCUGACAAGUAGAUAUGAACAAAUUUAUGAGUCAGAAAUCUGGUAAUACUAAUAUUUUUGAAGGAUAAUCCUUUAUUUUAUUGAAACCUUAGGUCAUUGUUCUAGUUGAUACAGUUAAUCUCUGGGUUUCUGGUAUGAAGUUUGAGAGGGCUGAAAUAUUCUGGAAUUCAGGAGGGUCACCUGAAAUCUAUCCACUAUCAGUAAUUUGGGGGAACAUCUUAUGGACCCAAGUCAUCAAAUAACUUGUUCCUUUCUGAAAGGGCCAGUGUGAGGGACUGCUGUGCAGACCCAAGCAAGCCCACUCUGGUGCUGAAAGUAGUCAUUUUCUUUUUCUGAAAACCUCACACCAGGCUGCAUCCUGGCUUCUGUUAUUGGCACCAGGCUUUGUUUACACUCCAAGCUGCCUCAGUGUGGGUCACAGGGAUAGUGCACUCCUUUCCUGCCCACCUUCCCUUGCCCCUGAGGCCUUGCAGGGCUGCAGUCUCAGGAAGCACUUGGUACUUGUGGGACUUCUAUUUUUUUUCCUGUGGAGAUCAGUGAAGACUCUAGGGGAAAAGCUACUUCAACCUCAAUCUGGCACCUCAGCUAACUUUCAAGAAUGGAAAGCAACUAACUUUGGUGCUUAAGUUGGGCCACCAGGUCAGUCCAGAGCAGCAGGUUUGGCCUAAUGGGAUCUUCCUUCAUGGCUGCAUUGGAUUAUACAACUGUUCUGGGAUGCCCCCAGAUACUGUCAUCUUAGGCCCAGAAGAACUUGUUGGUCUGGCACAUCCCAUGGACAUCUUGUCUUUAGAUUUUGGAAUUGGUCGACAGUGAAGACAAGAACUGUGGGGCAAUCUUUCCUUCUGAUCAUUCUUCACCAAACUGACCCCAGUUGCAGACAAGGUAAUUACCUUGGACAUAUACUUGCUUAAUAAAGUUUUAGGGGAGCAUGA